AUGCUGGAGGUUGCCAUUGUUCAGAGGAUAAGACACGAACUAAGAACAUGUGCAAGACUUAAACAUGCAAAUAUUCUGCCUGUGUAUGGUUAUACAUAUGGUUUCGGCACAUUCAUGGCGAUAGUCAGUCCCUGGGCAGAGAAUGGAAACCUGACGACCUAUUUGGAGAACGAAAAUGCAAGUAUAUCCGCCAUCAGACGAUUUCAGAUUCUUAGGGAUAUCACAGUUGGCCUGCAAUAUCUUCAUGCCAACAAUGUAAUUCAUGGUGACCUAACAGGGCCGAAUGUGCUAAUCUUUGGUGACGGCACCGCCUGCCUCGCCGACUUCGGUCUUUCUCUGGUUUUCUCUGAUGUUACAAGCAUCUCGCAGGCUUCCUGGACUUCAAAUUUUCAUGGAAACUCCCGAUGGUUAGCUCCCGAGCUGCUCGAAGGCCAGGAUGAUGAAUUAGUACGACCAAAUAUGCAAAGCGAUAUCUAUUCAUUCGGUGGUAUUAUGCUACAGGUCCUCACCGGCAAAAUUCCUUAUUAUUACCUGGUUAAUAAUGCAGCCGUAAUCCGGUGCAUAUUCACCAAGGACAAGCCUGACCGAUCUCGUUAUCCUGCCGUCUCUGACGAAUAUUGGUAUUUCAUUGGGGAAUGUUGGUCAACUGCACCCCACAACCGUCCAUCGGCCGACCGAGUUGUCGAAGUGAUCAAGGAUGAGUUUGACUCACUGUCUAGUUUGAGGUCAAGUUCUGAUUCUUGA